AACCGACGGGGACGAAACGGGUCAGGUUCCCAUUAGUCCCAUCUCGGGGAUCGCCAGCGAACGAUCUCGCUGCUACAAGCGUCCGCUAGAAGGAAAUCGAGUGGUCCAUAAAAAUACCGGUUCCUUUUUUCGGGAUUUUGAGAACGCACAUGCAUUAGGCUUUGUUGCAGUUAAUAGUUUGGUGCCACGAUGGUUGGCCGUCGAUCGAGUAUGUUGCACACGUUGCUAGCGGCGGUUUGUUUAGUCGUGUAUAGUUCGCUGGCACCGCCAGGAUCCGCACAGCGGUGCGGACAGGUGCAGGUAACCAAGCAAGGACUCAUUUUUGGUGGUUACGCCUCAACGCCGGGCAUGUGGCCAUGGCACGUUGCCCUGAUGCAUCGCGAGUCUCCGGUCAGAACGUCGUACAAGUGUGGUGGUAUCAUCGUCAACAAGGACACAGUGCUAACAGCGUAUCACUGUGUGGUUGAAAAUCAACGACCGAUCGCCGCCAGUCGCUUGAUAGCCCGUGCGGGUGUGUUCGACCUGGACGUCGGCGGAAAGACCGUACAGGAUAACCGGGUGUUUGAAGUGAUAUCGCCACCGGGCGCUAGUGCACAAUCGUUCAAUGACGACAUAGCGAUCCUCAAAAUGCAAACAGAAUUCAUCUACGACGAUUACGUGCAACCGGUGUGCAUUCGUGCCGUGCCGCAAGACAUUUCGGAACUGGUCGGAACGUACGGGACCGUGGUCGGUUGGGGUUGGACGGAGUUUAGCUCCACCUCGGCCAUCCUGCGCCAGGCGAGCAUUCCGGUGGUCAGCGCGGAAGACUGUCUCAAUAGUGACCGGGUGCUGUUCAGCCAGGUGCUCACGACGAAGCUCUACUGUGCCGGGAGUCGCAAUGGAACCUCUAGCUGCAACGGGGACAGCGGUGGAGGAAUGUUCUUCCAGAUGGGCAACUACUGGUUCCUGCGUGGGCUGACAUCAUUCUCGGCAGUAGAUGGAAAACUGAGCGGUAUUUGUGAUUCUCACAAUUACGUCGGGUAUACCGAUGUUAGUAAAUAUACCGACUGGCUGCAGCAGAACGGUGUCCGGUUCGAGGAUCCGCUGCUUAACAGCACGCCAACUAGGAAACCGGGUGGGCCAUCCGGCAAUACCACGCUCAUACGGCUGUCCGUGAACCCCAAGAUGAAGAAGUUCUUGCAGCAGCAAAAAGGCAACGUUUUGUUAAGAGUGUCGCUGAACGGUAGGAAGGUGGAGAGUUUGUUUCAAUAAACAGGAAUUGUGCGCGGAGCGCGAUUUCACCGAGACAGCAAACGACCUUGUAGUGGUAUCAUUGUGGCGUCGAGACGAACCAAAAACUAGUUUUACGGGUUUUUAGAUUGGGUUCUCGAACCACCGCUAAUGACUGGCC